AAGAAAUUUGUGAUGAUACUAAGAAUGUCUUCUAUACCUAAAUUGCUUCUAAGCUUUCUGCUUUUGACAGGAGCAGCAAAUGCAAAUGUCCAAGCUCCAGCGAUGAUCAAUGUCGGAACACAUCAAGCAAAUGUAUUCCCAGGCCCAAAAGUACUAGAAGUUAAUAAAGCUUCAAUAUCACCAGCAGCCCUCGAUAUACCUGCAAAUUGUACUAACAGGUGGGAUACAUAUUGUUAUGACUGCCGUACUAUUGUGGUUUGCGCUGGCGAGGAGAAACCCAUUCAUGCUGAAAUCUGUCCAUCUUCAACUCCUUAUUGCGAACAAUAUUCCUCGGCAACUUGCGUUGUCAAUGAACGAUACCCCCAUGAGGAUCAAAUGUGCGACAGUAGUACACCAGCAGUCUCACAACGCUGCACAUUUUACGGACACACUCCAGAUGCUAAUGAUCCUAGAGUUUAUUACGAGUGUCAUGGACCAGGAGAUACCAAUCCUAUUGUUCACACUUGUCCUGAAGGCUACAUCUUCGACACCAUCGACCACAACUGUCAACGCAUUAUUCCUUUCGAUUGUAGAAGAAAGGACAACCAAUUCAUAAACCAUGCCCUAAAUCCUGCAUACUACGCUUAUUGCCAACUCUAUGAGAACGGCGAACGAGAGGUCAUUCCGUACAAGUGUCGAGAUGAUCAGAAUUUCGUCUUCAACUUGGAAACCAAGGCUUGCGAAUACCAAUGCAAGGGCGAAGGACAAUUUCUGGAUCGAGAAAGUUGUGAAAACUACUACGAAUGCUACAGAAAUGGAAAUGGAUUUACACAUAAACGAAUGAGAUGUCCUGAUGGUACUCCACAUUUCCGAAAGGAUUUGGGAAGGUGUGGUCCGCAUUUUGGCAUGUGUGAACCAGAAGUUGGCUGGCCUUAGAAGCAAAACAAACCAAAUAGAAAGAAACUUAAUAAGGAUGCAGUUCAAUAUUUUAUAAUGAACAAGGAUUUGAUAAAUUAUAUUUUUAAUUGGGUUUUGUGAAAAAAAUAAUGUAGUACGAAAUAAAAAAUCAGUAUGAAAUUGCA